AUGACGAACUCAUUCGUGAAAUUUCCGGCUAAAGACGCCAAUGUUGGCGGGGGCGGCGAGGUCGAACCGGUCGAGGUUCAUGACCUUGGCCCAGGCGGCGACAAAGUCGUUGACGAGCUUCUGCUGGCCGCCGGCGCUGGCGUACACCUCGGCCAGGGCGCGGAGCUCGGGCUGCGAGCUGAAGAUGAGGUCGAAGCGGGUGGCGGUCCACUUCUUGGCGCCCGACUUGCGGUCGGUGCCCUCGAAGACGUCCUUGGAGUCGUCGACGGCCUUCCACUCGGUGGACAUGUCCAGCAGGUUGACGAAGAAGUCGUUGGUCAGGACACCGGGGCGAGAUGUAAGGAUACCGUGGGACGAGCCGUCAAAGUUGGUGUUGAUGGCGCGAAGACCGCCGAUGAGGACGGUCAGCUCGGGGGCGGACAGCUUGAGAAGGUGGGCGCGGUCAACGAGGUUGCGGAAGCCGUCGGCGAUGGGCUGGAGGUAGUUGAAGGACUCGACGUCGGUCUGCUCCUGGGUGGCGUCGGCACGGCCAGGGAUGAAAGGCACGACCGUGCGGAUACCGGCAGCGUUGGCAGCGCUCUCUACGGCAGCGGAACCGGCGAGGACGAUGAGAUCAGCCAGGGAGAUGCGCUUGCCGGUGGUCUGGGAUUCGUUGAAGGAGGUCUGGAUGCGCUCGAGGACGCGGAGGACCUCGGCCAAUUGCUGGGGGCGGAUGUGGCCACCGUUGGCACCACCACGCUUGUCGCUGCCACGGAAAGUCGAGGCAGAAGCCCAGGCGACGGAGACGAGCUUGGAGAUGCUGAGACCCGAGUUGAGGAUCUCUCGCUUGAGGCUCAGGAUAUCAUUGCCGUCAACGAGCAGGUGGUUAAUGGCAGGGAUAGGGUCCUGCCAGAGGAGCUCCUCCUUGGGAACCUCAGGGCCCAGGUAGAGAAUACGGGGACCCAUGUCACGGUGGGUGAGCUUGAACCAGGCGCGGGCGAAGGCAUCGUUGAACUGGUCUGGGUUCUUGAGGAAGUUGCGCGAGAUCUUUUCGUACUCAGGGUCGGCCCGGAGAGCAAUGUCAGUCACCAACAUUCUGGGGGGGUGCUUCUUGGCCUUGUCAAAGGCAUCGGGGAUGAAGUUGUCGGCAUUCUUUGCGACGAACUGUGGGGCACCGCCAGGGCCCUCGACGAGCUCCCACUCGUAGCCGAACAGGUACUCGAAGAAGUUGUUGCUCCACCAGGUGGGAGUCUUGGUCCAGAUAACCUCCAGACCAGAUGUGAUAGCAUCGGCACCCUUUCCGGACUUGUAGCUGUUCUUCCAGCCCAGACCGUUCUGCUCGAUGGAAGCACCCUCGGGUUCGGGGCCGACAUGGCUGUCGGGAGCGGCGCCGUGCGUCUUGCCAAGGGUGUGACCACCAGCAAUCAGAGCGACGGUCUCCUCGUCGUUCAUGGCCAUGCGGCCAAACGCCUCGCGGAUGUCGUGGGCGGCAGCGAUGGGGUCGGCAUUGGCGUUGGGGCCGCGGGGGUCGACGUAGAUCAGACCCAUGUUGGUGGCUCCCAGGGGCUUCUCGAGGCUCUGGGCAUGUGCCUUGCCGUACUUGUUCUCCAGCGAGGGGCCCGAGGCGAAACGCUUGUCCCUGCCCUCGGGGAAGAAGCUAGUCUCGGAACCCCAGUAGACGGACUCGUCGGCCUCCCAGGUGUCGGCGCGGCCGCCGGCGAAGCCAAAGGUCUUGAAACCCAUGGACUCGAGGGCGACGUUGCCGGCGAGGAUCAUCAGGUCGGCCCAGGAGAUCUUGUUGCCAUACUUUUGCUUGAUGGGCCACAGCAGGCGGCGGGCCUUGUCGAGGUUGCCGUUAUCGGGCCAGCUGGAGAGAGGGGCGAAUCGUUGUUGACCCUGGCAAAGAAAAAGUCCGGUACCAGCCGAGUGCCAGGCCAUGCGGAUGAAGAGACCGCCGUAGUGGCCGAAGUCGGCUGGCCACCAAUCCUGGGAGUCGGUCAUCAGGGCCGUCAGGUCGGCCUUGAGGGCAUUGUAGUCGAGGCUCUUGAACUCCUUGGCGUAGUCAAAGUCGGCGCCGAAGGGAUCCGAGGCAACUCCGUUCUGGCGCAGGAUGUCGAGGCGGAGCUGCUCGGGCCACCAGUCGCGGUUCUUGGGGCCGCCGCCAGCGACGUUGGACUGGGCGUAGGGGCACUUGCUCUCACUCAUGGUGACGAGGCUGGUGCUAAUCGUGCGGUGUGGGAGGAGGAGAAGUCGUCGUGGUUCUAG